AUGUCGACGACAUCAACCUCAGCAGAAUCCCAACUGGCAUCAGCAUCUUCAGCCCAACGCACAGCCGAGGCCAAGAGGGCAUUUACGGCUUCUCUGGUUGCCGCGGGGACGAGUAUCGACGCGGAGUUGGAAGCUCGCGCGAAAAAUAUUCACUCAAAUGCCAAAGCAUUAUCAGAGCAGGAGGAUCAGCUUCGCAAGAAAACGAUAGCCGUGGCCAGAGACGCCGAUUCGCUGGAGAAGCUACUGAAAAAAACGAAGCCUGCAGUGGAUAGUCUGGGUGAUCUGGAUACUAUGUUGGCUGAUCUUGAGGCUGAUAUGGCCACUAUGGAGGAAACUCUGCGUCUAGCUGAGCAAAGUGACGAGGAGGGAAUCCGAAACAACGCGCAUUGA